AUUACCCAGUCCUCUACUUCUCCCUCAACGCGCUGUUCAGUGAUGGCCUUUGGCAUCAUACUCCUCCUGGGUGUCCUGGCUUCUUGUCAUGGAUUCAACCUGGAUGUGGAGGAGCCCAUCAUCUUCCAACAGGAUGCAGGAGGCUUUGGGCACAGCGUGGUGCAGUUCAGUGGAUCUCGACUCGUGGUGGGAGCACCCCUGGAGGCGGUAGCUGUCAAUCAAACAGGACGGUUGUACGACUGCGCAUCUUCCACCGGCGUAUGCCAACCUAUCUCGCUGCACAUACCCCCAGAGGCUGUGAACAUAUCCCUGGGCCUGUCCCUGGCAGUCUCCACCAACCACUCCCGGCUGCUGGCCUGUGGUCCCACCCUGCACAGAGUCUGUGGAAAUAAUAUGUAUGUGAAAGGCACCUGCCUCCUGCUGAGCUCUUACCUGCAGAUCAUCCGGACAGUUCCAGCUGCCCUGCCUGAAUGUCCACACCAAGAGAUAGACAUUGUCUUCCUGAUCGACGGCUCUGGCAGCAUUGAACAAAGUGACUUUAACCAGAUGAAGGACUUUGUCAGAGCUGUGAUGGGCCAGUUUGAGGGCACCGACACCUUGUUCUCUCUGAUGCAGUACUCAAACCUCCUGAAGAUCCACUUCACUUUCACUGAUUUCCGGACCAGCUCAAGCCCUCGGAGUCUGGCGGAUCCCAUCAUACAACUGAAAGGCCAGACGUUCACGGCCACGGGCAUCCAGAAAGUGGUGGCAGAGCUAUUUCAUAGUAAGAAUGGAGCUCGCAAAAGUGCCAAGAAGAUCCUCAUUGUCAUCACAGAUGGGCAGAAGUACAAAGACCCCCUGAAAUAUAGCGAUGUCAUUCCCCAGGCAGAGAAAGCUGGCAUCAUCCGCUAUGCUAUUGGGGUGGGACAGGCUUUCCAGGAACCCGCCGCCAGGAAGGAGCUGAACAUCAUUGGCUCAGUGCCUCCGCAGGACCACGUGUUCGAGGUGGACAACUUUGCAGCACUCAGCAGCAUCCAGAAGCAGCUGCAGGAGAAAAUCUUUGCAGUUGAGGGAACCCAGUCGAGGACAAGUAGAUCCUUUCAGCAUGAGAUGUCCCAAGAAGGCUUCAGUUCUGUACUCGCCAUGGAUGGACCAGUUCUGGGAGCUGUGGGGAGCUUCGGCUGGUCUGGAGGUGCCUUCCUAGACCCCCCAAACGGGAGCCCCACCUUCAUCAACAUGUCUCAGGAGAAUGUGGACAUGAGGGACUCUUACCUGGGCUAUUCCACAGAGCUGGCCCUGUGCAAGGGAGUGCAGAGCCUGGUCCUGGGGGCCCCCCGCCACCAGCACACCGGGAAGGUUAUCAUGUUCACCCAGGAGUCCAGGCAAUGGAGACCGAAGGCUGAAGUCACUGGGACCCAGAUCGGCUCCUACUUCGGGGCCUCCCUCUGCUCUGUGGACGUGGACAGAGACGGCAGCACUGACCUGGUCCUCAUCGGGGCCCCCCAUUACUACGAGCAGACCCAAGGGGGCCGGGUGUCCGUGUGCCCCUUGCCCAGGGGGCGGAGCAGGUGGCGGUGUGAGGCCAUUCUCCGUGGGGUGCAGGGCCACCCCUGGGGCCGCUUUGGGGCAGCUCUGACAGUGCUGGGGGACGUGAAUGAAGACAGGCUGACAGACGUGGUCAUUGGGGCCCCGGGAGAAGAGGAGAACCGAGGUGCUGUCUAUCUGUUUCAUGGAGCCUCAGGAUCCAGCAUCAGCCCCUCCCACAGCCAGCGAAUCGCAGGAUCUCAGCUCUCCCCAAGGCUCCAGCAUUUUGGACAGUCGCUGAGCGGGGGUCAGGACCUCACCCAGGACAGAUUGGUGGACCUGGCUGUGGGUGCCUGGGGACGCGUGCUGCUGCUCAGGAGUCUUCCAGUGCUGAAAGUGGGGGUAGCCAUGAGAUUCACCCCCAUGGAGGUGGCAAAGGCUGUGUACCAGUGUUGGGAAGAUGUGCCCACCACCCUGGAAGCUGGGGAAGUCACAGUGUGUCUCACUGUCCACAAAAGCUCACUCAGUCAGCUAGGUGAUGUGCAAAGCUCUAUCAGGUAUGAUCUGGCAUUGGACCCAGGCCGUCUGGUUCCUCGUGCCAUUUUUGAUGAGACCAAGAACUGGACAUUGAUUCGAAGAAGAACUCUGGGGCUGGGGGAUCACUGUGAAACCAUGAAGCUGCUUUUGACAGACUGCGUGGAGGAUGUGGUGAGCCCCAUCAUCCUGCGCCUCAACUUCUCCCUGGUGGGAGAUCCCAUCCGCUCAUCACAGAACCUGCGCCCUGUACUGGCUGUGGGUUCACAGGACCUCUUCACUGCUUCUCUCCCUUUUGAGAAGAAUUGUGGGGAAGAUCACCUCUGUGAAGGGGACCUGAGUGUCAACCUCAGCUUCUCAGGCCUGCAGACUCUGAUAGUGGGAAUCUCCUUGGAGCUCAAUGUGACAGUGACUGUGUGGAAUGAGGGCGAGGACGCCUAUGGAACCGUGAUCAAUUUCUACUACCCAGCAGGGCUGUCCUAUCGACGGGUGUCAAUAACCCAGAAGCAACCCCAUCAGCACGCACUGCACCUGGCAUGUGAGGCAGUGCCCACUGAGGAAGACGGCCUGAGGAGUAGCAGCUGUGGCCUCAACCACCCCAUCUUCCGAGAGGGCUCUAAGCACACCUUCAUAGUCAUAUUCGAUGUUUCCUACAAGGCCACCCUGGGAGACAGGAUGCUUAUGAGAGUCAAUGCAAGCAGCAUGAAUAAUAAGCCUACAAACAACAAGACUACCUUCCAGCUGGAGAUCCCAGUGAAAUAUGCUGUCUACACAGUGAUCAGCAGGCAGGAAGAAUCCACCAAAUACUUCAACUUUUCAACUUCUGAUGAAGAGAGCAGAAAAGAGGCCGAGCAUCGAUAUCGGGUGAAUAACCUGAGUCAGCGUGAUCUAGCCAUCAGUGUUAAUUUUUGGGUCCCCAUCCUGCUGAAUGGUGUGGCUGUGUGGGAUGUGGUUGUGGAGGCCCGCUCACAGAGUCUCUCCUGUGUGUCAGAGAGGGAACCUCCCCGGCAUUCUGACUUCCUGACCCAGGUUUCAAGGAGUCCUGUGCUGAACUGCUCUGUUGCUGACUGCCUGAGGUUCCGCUGUGACAUCCCCUCCUUUGGCAUCCAGGAGGAACUUGACUUCAUCCUGAAGGGCAACCUCAGCUUCGGCUGGGUCAGUCAGACACUGCAGAAGAAGGUGUUGGUUGUGAGCAUGGCUGAGAUCACAUUCGACAAAUCUGUGUAUUCCCAGCUCCCAGGAGAGGAAGCAUUUAUGAGAGCCCAGAUGGAGACAGUGCUAGAGGAAUAUGAGAUCUACAAUCCUAUCCCCCUUAUCGUGGGCAGCUCUUUGGGAGGUCUGCUGCUGCUGGCUCUCAUCACAGCCACGCUGUACAAAUGUGGCUUUUUCAAACGUCGGUACAAGGAAAUGCUCAUCGAAAAGCCUGAAGACACUGCCACAUUCAGCGGGCAGGAUUUCAGCUGUGAGACCCCAAACUUGUCUUUGUCCUAA